UCGUGCUUCGGCAGUUGCUGCGGUUGCUUCUUUGCGGUUGCCGCCAAACACUCUCGCGAGGUGAGGGUGUGACCGUAGGUGCUGCGUGUGUAUUUUGUUCUUGCUGUUUUUGUCACCGAGACAAAAGCGAAACGCGAAGCGCAGCUUUGGGUCCCGACGACAGUUGGUCCGCUAGAAAUGACGACCUAAACGUUUUGAACGGCCGGGUUUCUUGUGCAGUGCGAGCAUGACAACCGCCGAAGAAUCGAAGCUAGUCGACGCGAAAGUCGUUUUGCUCGGAGCGUUAGGUGUCGGUAAAACGAGCCUCAUAACAAGGUAUUCUCAAAAGAAGUUUAUCGGUACAACGUCUCCAACGAUAGGGGCAUCCUUCACAACACUUAGAGUGAAUGUGGGAAAUACCAAGGUGAGAAUACAGCUGUGGGACACAGCAGGCCAAGAGAGAUUCAGAGCAAUGGCACCUUUGUACUACAGGAAGGCAAAUGCUGCCAUUGUUGCAUACGACAUAACUUCUGCCAGCAGCUUUGAAGCCAUGAAGCAGUGGGUUUUAGAGUUGAGGAGAAAUGUAGAAGAGGCCAUUGUCCUGGUUCUGGUGGGCAACAAGUGCGACCUGAUGCAGCACCGCGUGGUUCAUCGAGAGGUGGCAGAGAAGUACGCCCGAGACGUGGGGGCGUACUUUUCAGAGUGCUCAGCACUCAGCAAUGAAGUUGUUUCUACAUUGCAGGCAUCGACGAAAUGUUCCGGCUCCUGGCACUUCGGAUCAUUGAGUCGGAAGAGAAGGCUUCAGCAAGUAGGGAAAACCACGUAGAUGCUAACAGUAUAGUCACCGAUCCUUCGCUUUACGGGUCAUUGGACACCUUCACACUGUCAAAAACACUCCGGAUAGACCGGCUUUCAUCCACUCACGAGGAUAUCAAGUCGUCAUCCAGCUGCUCGUGUUGAAGGACAAAUCAAAGUAGACGUGGUUUCAGGGCGCAAGCUGCUCGCUAUUGUUUGCUCCUGUGGGGGAGUUACUCGGGCAUUAUGUUUUCAAUGCCGCUCAGCCAGAAACUAAUCAUUCCUUUGCCUGCAUACUUUUUGUACUUAUGAGGACUCUGAGCUUAGUGGCUGUGGCUGCAGGUACUCCCAUAGAAUGGGAUAUGUUGCAGGGACUAUGCAUAAACCUUUUUUAUCCUACUUGACAUUUAAGUGUCAUUUGGAGCUGGCACCAGAUGUCACUGUAGCACUUGUGCUACAUUUAUGAGUUUUUUUUAUUACUGUUGUGUUUCGUUUUGUUGGGAUUCAAGCCAACAUUUGACAAGCUUGAUGAAAAGGACUUGAGAACGUAUUUUUCUAAAAACACGAUCUCUAUUUCUUUUAUUAUUUCUUCGUUGUUCAUCAUCGGAGGACAUUUUUUGAUGGCUGAAGGAACUCAAAAAUAAGGUUCCAUGUCAUGUAUUAGUGCACGUUCAUAGCAAAGGAACUGUGUUUCGUGUUGAAUCAACUGCAAAUAAGAAUGCUCACAUCAUCAUACCUUAGAUGUCAGAGUGACAAACUCAUGUAUUGGUGCCUUAUACAAUUGUGGAGGGUCUUCACAUGAGAUGUAGUCAUUGUGUGGUCACAUAGUUAGCUCAGGCACUUUCACACAGCAGUUAAAUUUUUUGAUGUGCAUUUUACUUUUUCUGUAUAUUUGAUGUGGUCCUUUUCAUAAACUUACGGACAAUUAUUUGCCGUUUUGAAAUUCAUGGCUUCAUUUUACAUCAUGGUACUUGCAUGUAACGUGUCUUUUUUUCCACAGCCGAAGAUGCCAUUGUUAUGGAUAUAGUCCUUAUUAAAGGUAUAUAACAUAUCUGUUAAAUAAAUCAUAGUGCCUCGUGAAGUAUUGCACAUUCUUGUAACUUUAAUAUUUCAAAUUCCCCCUUUUAAACAUAUUUGGUGCAGUUGGCAGCAAUCAAUCAAGCAUGUAUAUGUUUUAUAGAUAGAGUUCAAAAAUUGUUGCUUACAUUUUACAACUGGAAAAGCCAAAAUAUUUGGAUAUGCUCUCUUGCAUACAAGUCUGGCAUUUGUUGGAUGAAUGGUGUCAUGCCUGAAGUGCUUAAGCCAGUUGUGCUUCGAACAUCUCAAGUGCCAUUGUUUUAGGCCAGCAAGCUUUUGAAAAGAUGUCUUGAUACUAUGGGUAUUUUAUAAUAAAGCUCAUGCAGUUAGUUUUCAACUGCUGUUCUGCAUAUGCAUAA